GCACUCAGCACCCCAGGCGCUCACUGCUCGUGUCUUGCGCUAUGGCUGGUCCGGAUAUCAAGUGGACGGCUGGUCCUGGACCGGCCCCGCUGCCAUACUCAAAGCGGGCGAGAGAAGCAAUGGGUGUCACCGACGACGAUAAACCGUGGGCGCACCCAGAUCCACCGGCGGCGGAAAGCUGGGGGUUCGGCGGCGGCGGCGGGGGUGACGCUCUCAGAGAGGGAAGCCUUCGGACCAACUUGUUCCUGAUCGUUCUCUCGAUCAUCUUCGCUAUCUGGGUAUACCGAAAGGUCGUGAAGAGAGAUCACUCUCCCUUUUUCCACGUCUCCCCAACACCGUCGCAGUCGGAGGACGUGAAGGUGUCGGAGGUGGACAUGCGAACAGCGAGAGAGGCCAGACUGAAACGGUUCCAGGAAACGAAAACCUCGUACGCUGACAUGAUGAAGGAGGCGGCAGGGGGAUGGUCUCCUGCCGAGGAAGUUCAAAACGAUUAUGAUGGCGGGAAUUCUGUGGCGGCGGAAGGGCAGGGAUGUUCGGAUGGGCUGCGACGUAGAGGAGGGGGCGACCAAGCAACAACAGGCUGAGAGUGUCUUUGGAAAUCCCUUGGAGCUCUUUGGAAUUGUACACGUAGUGUAGAGUGUUGUGUGGUAGUAUGUGGUAUCGUAUGGGUGGCUUCGGCAACAAGCGGAUAUAAUCCAUAAUACAACCAUUUGAGACUGGUUAUCUGUAUGACCACCGGCAGGGUAAUGAUGCAAACGCCACGUGGCGUUUGCUCACUUUCUAGUAGCUUUGCGACGCGCCAACUGGCCCGGUGUAGCUCUUAACACGCACACGCCGUCGUACAAGUAUUGCAAGCCACUUUCUGUCCAAUAACUUGUUCAUGUCCGAGACGUCUAUCCCCAGGGGGUUGCACAGCAGUGGAAAGAAGUUCACACACCAGUUGACCGGGUUGUGGAUUAGUUGUGUGCCUUGACGACCCGGAGGGAUGA